CGGUGCUUUUCUCCCACUCGCCGGCUUGUCCCGGGGUUGCUGAAGCCCGGGUGCCCUUCACCAUCUGAUGGCACUGGCCGGGACCACCUCCCCGCAAUGAAGACCAUCAUCGCUGCCUACUCCGGGGUGCUGCGAGGCACAGGAUCAAACAUUCUUUCUGCCCUGCAGGAUUUGUUCUGGCUGUCUAAGUCCAAAGUAGAGAAGCAACUCCAAAUCAUCUCUGUGCUGCAAUGGGUUCUCACUUUCCUCAUCAUGGGUGUUGCUUGCACUUUAAUCCUCAUGUACAUACUCUGCACAGAUUGCUGGGCCAUUGCUGCUCUAUAUUUAGCCUGGCUGGUUUUUGACUGGAAUACACCAAAGAAAGGUGGAAGAAGAUCUCAAUGGGUGAGAAACUGGGCUAUAUGGAGGUACUUCAGGGAUUAUUUUCCAAUUAGACUGGUUAAAACCCACAAUCUGCUGACCACCAGGAAUUACAUUUUUGGGUACCAUCCACAUGGAAUCAUGGGCUUGGGUGCCUUUUGCAACUUCAGCACAGAAGCUACAGGUGUCAGCCAGAAAUUCCCUGGGAUUCGACCAUACCUUGCUACCCUGGCUGGGAACUUCAGGAUGCCCAUUUUGAGGGACUACUUAAUGUCUGGUGGUAUAUGUCCUGUGAACCGUGACAGCAUAGACUACAUCUUGUCCAAGAAUGGCAGUGGCAAUGCCAUCAUCAUCGUGGUUGGAGGGGCAGCAGAGUCCCUGAACUGCACCCCAGGAAAGAACUCGGUGACGCUGAAGAACCGGAAAGGAUUUGUGAAGCUGGCUCUGAGACACGGCGCGGACUUGGUUCCUGUCUACUCCUUUGGGGAGAACGAGGUGUACAAGCAAGUGAUCUUCGAGGAGGGCUCCUGGGGAAGAUGGGUUCAGAAGAAGUUUCAGAAGCACAUUGGCUUUGCUCCGUGCAUCUUUCAUGGCCGUGGCCUCUUCUCCUCUAACACCUGGGGGUUGUUACCUUACUCCAAGCCCAUCACUACUGUUGUUGGGGAGCCCAUCACCAUUCCCAAAAUUGAGAAUCCAUCCCAGCAGGAAGUGGACUUCUACCAUACCAUGUAUGUGGACUCCCUGAUCAAACUCUUUGACAAGUAUAAGAGCAAAUUUGGGCUGCCAGAAACAGAGGUCUUGGAAGUCAACUGAAGGGACUGGCUCAGCAGCACCUCCUCUCAGAAUCAACAGAUCUUCUCCAGGAGUCCAAGCUGUCAUCACGUACUUGAAAGCGUCUGUGGGUGUAUGUGUCUUUCAAAGGAAGUGUUUAAAGUAUUGCUAGACCACUUUUAAGAACAGUAAUAAUAAAAACAGGCUUUCCUUUGGAUAAAUCCCUUUACAAAUGUGUUUCUAUCAAAAAAAAAAACCAAACAACCAAAAAGCACAACUCCCCAUUGCUGUGAGGAUCUGGAUGGGGGGAAUGAUUGCCUUUGUAAUGGAUUAGAAGCAUUCCUGCAGCUGCUGUACCCACUAGCAGAAGCAAUUUUGGGAGAGUAGGAUCCAUCUGGUUUACAAUCCAAAAAAGCAGCAGGUUGGUGGGAGCAGGAUGGCAGCAUCUACAGGCUUGUUGCACAAGACCCACGUUGAAAGAUGCUUAGAUAGCACAAGGGCACUUCUGCUUUGGAAAAGCCCCUUCUGAAGGCACAGGCUACCCAACCUCCUGGUGUGGCACCUACUGUGGAUGGUGCAGGAAACCAAAGGAUGGGAGUCUGGUGGACCUCGACCCAUAUGAUGUGGUGGACACUCUGGUGGCUGUAAUUUCACCACUUGUAUUUUGAGUGUCAGUUAAGAAGCAGGGCUGUCCCACGUGCUGCUUGCACAGAGGCCUGUAGCUGGGUAUAUGGGACUUCUUCAUAGCCACAAAACUCCAAGGAUAAGUUCUAGGAGUCGUGGGAUGGUGCAAUCAUGUGGCCCUGGAGCUGCAGAGUAGCCUGUAGGGGUAAAAUGCAAUGGGACUACUCACAUUUUGGAUCCCAGAAGCAUUUGGGGAAAGCUAGGAGUAACUUCUGCCCAAAGAUGGCUUUUAAAUAUUCCGUCCAGUGAAUGUAAAGGAGUAGCCUUCCCAUGCAUAGGAUCUAAAGUGAGUGACUUUUAAAAUAAAGUGUUCAUCAAAUGUUUACGUGGAUGUUAACACUGCUUGUAGUGAGAGUCCUUCAGAGUACAAGAUGUUUAUGUAUAAACCUGAAACCUUGCACUACUUGCAUGUCUGACCUGCCUUUUCAACGGUUCAGUUGAGUGUAUUUUGAGCUCCAAAAUGUGCCUUUCUUCCAUGCAAGAGGAUGGUACUUCACAUUCCUGGAAUCUUGCCUCUAAAUACAAAUGUUCAUCUGUCAUAUUUGAUAGAUUAUUGUACUGCAGAGUAUCAAUUUUUUUGGUACACAUUUCUAGAAAUAAACUUGGGCAAAACCA